GACCCAGUUGUUGGAUAUAACUUCAUAACUUAUGGUUCAUUCGAUACGGAACGUUGCAGUGAAGGCUUACUUUACAUCGUUCAGAAACCGAAGGACUUCAAUACAAAGAGAUAUAAGAUAGGAAGAACAUAUAAUAUAACUCAAAGAUAUGACUCUACAGUCAAUAGAGUCAAGGUUGUGUUCGUUAACGAUAUGAGAGCUGCUGAAACAGAACUACUUGAAAAGUUUGAGAAAAUGUAUGGUGCUCCCACGAAAGGUAAAGAAACGUUUGAAGUAGAUGAGAUAGAUAGUGCUAUAAAAUUAUUUGACGAAGUUGCUGAAAAAUACAUGUAA